UUCCUACUGCUGUUCGUUUCACAUCCAUUAUAUGACAUGAUGUUGCUCUGCAUGAGCACCGAUGAUGCACACCGCGUCAAUAUUUUCUCAUUGGGUUGAAGUUCGUGACUUUUCUUUUUCGUAGAACGUGAGGGGAUAUAAUAAAUAGCUUGACUUGUAUCCGUAUAUAGACUGAGGUGUAUAUACUCGAGAUUGUCUGUUUGGAUAUUGCACAGUGUCGUUUUCAUUAUUGGCCUCAUAUCGCUAUGCUUCACUCCUGGGCUUUUCUCGGAUAGCAACGCUCAUCUCGAUCGACACCACGUCCCAAAAUGGCCGGAAUCUGGAAUUUAAACGUCGUGCCGUUUUUUGUUUUAUCUGCCUUCGCUGUACUCUUGACAUCGGGAUACAAUUUUGAUACGGGUCGAAGCGAUGAUGCAUACGGUCGUCGAUUCAUCGUCGUUCUUCCUGUCGAAAAGGAUACCAGUAUACCAACGGUUCACGACAUAUACCUGUCUUCAAGAAGUAGCAAAAUCGUGCAGGUUAAUGCCUCUAGACCCGACACGAAGUGGAAGGCGCCCGGCAUCACCACGAUCCAACCGGGAAUCAUCGCAAACGUCACCCUCAACAUGAAAGGGCCAUACAGGACCCCCUUCAAUCCGAAUGGAAUACCAAUCCAAAUCGACGCGCACGAAGACAUCGGGGUGUGGGUCGUCCUUGGUCGUGGGAAUUCCAUUCUUGGAGGCUACAGGGCGAUCCCCCUUGCAGCACUCGCAAAACAUUACGUCUCCGUUAUGUACCCGUCUUCCAAAUACGCAUCAGAGAUAGUCCUAUUUUCUCCAGCCAAUGAACGCAAUGAAAUCUACUUUUAUCACCAGAAUGCAGAUAUGGGGAUGACGAUCGACAACGUGACCGAUGCGGUCCACACUGUCCCGGAUUUGCCUGUAGUGUUCACAAUUCCGAAAAUGGAUUCGGCGAAGAUUGUUUCUUCUUCUUCAGAUCUGAGCGGAUUAAAAAUGGCAGCUUCCAAGCCAAUAUUGGUGACGUCUGGACGCAAUUGCAGCACGUCCCCUCAAGCUUGCAACGACCUCAUGGAACAGCCAGCUCCACUGGGGACGUGGGGACAGUCAUUCGUCAUUGUCCCCCAGAUCACAAAUGGACCGUCUAUUCUGAAACUGAGAAUCAUUCCUGCCUUCUUGGACCAAAACACCACAGUCUCCACGUAUACCUCUUCAGGCUUCCUCAAGGAAAACUGGACAAUGAAUGAAGAAGAAGUUUUUAGAGACAUCGAUGUCACAGCAGGCAGGUUGUUCACUAUCAGGGCCACCAAACCCAUCAUGGUCACCCAGUUCUUUACGGACAAGCAAAGACGGUUAGACUACGCGGCCAUGGCCAAUCUUCCACCCGUUGAACAAUUCACCAAUCGGACAGUCGUCUUCCCUGUUCAAAAUCAUCACAAAUUCAACAAUACGUUGGUAGUCAUCACUCGAUGUGAGCACAGGAAGGACAUUCUCCUCAACAACAAAGACAUUUCGAACAAGUAUUCAGCAAGUGUAAAAUUUAACUCGAUCCAGGACUCGUCCGUGCAUGGGACAUACUGUGUUUUCAACACUACAUUGCUAUCAGGGUCGCAUGCUUUAAAACUCAGAAGCAACUCAAACAUUGGUGCGGCAUAUUCAGCCAUCGUGUACGGUGCAGGAACAAAAGAAGCAUAUGCUUAUCAGGUAGCAGCAGAUCUGCAGGAGAUUGUCUGUGGUACGGAAGGUGGUCAUGUCAGUCUAUGUGAGUUCUACACUCCUCCAGAUUAUAUUACGCCCUCUACGAAUGAGACCAGUAAAAGUAAAUCUGGAGAUCCAAAUAGCAAAACAGAACCAGAUCAUACCAUCGCGAUCGUCGUGGUCUUAGUCAUCCUCUCAUCUCUAGUAAUAAUCAUCGUCGUAAUUGUCGUCUUGGGAAGUUACGGCAAGGACAAGGGCGGACCUCGGGUAGCGUGGCGGAGGUUGCAGAAUACCGAGAUGCACUACGAUCCAUCGUACGACGAGGAUAAUGUGGAGGUCGAUGUCUGAAACCACUAUAGGCUCAUUCACGCUAUGAAGCGGUUAACUGCUGCGGUUUUUUUUAACGUGUGAAUGUGCACAACAAAGGUCCAGGGCCCCGUUGCAUAAACCAUUAUGAAACUUCCAUGGAAAUCGUAUACAUGAUUCGAUUGGCUGUUGAAUGAUGUUGCCAUGGUAGUUAAUAUAGAUGGCAAAGUUACCAGCAGUGUUAAGUUUUUAUGUCACAGGGCCCAUAAAUGUGAAGCUUAUUACACGUCCAUCAUAACAAAAAAUAUUUUUAAAACACCGCCGUUGUUUACCGCGUCAUAUUCGAACGAGGCUGUAUGCGUCGAUUGUGGAAUGCAAAAUGACUUUGCCUUAUGCCAGUAUGCGCAACUAGCUUCUAAAUCUUAUGUAGCAUCAAGCACAUCCAAUUAACUGGUGCUAAUAAUUAUUAUUAGACAAUCAAAAUCAAUUCAAGCCAACAUUAUCCAGCCUUCUCAUCGCUACAUCAACAGCGCGGGAUUAACCCCAUUCAGAAUGCACAGCUCAUACGAAUUUUCGAAGUUAUACUCGACAACAACACGAUAAAAGUUAUUAUCGCGUGAAUUGUGUAUAGCGAAACAGAUGCUUGGGCAUUGUUUCAAACGAAAGCUCUAUUGAGGAUCACGUCUUUAGGCGGGGGUGCAUUCAGACGGGGAGGUAUACGCCGUUUCGUACUUAAACUGUACAUGAUAAGUCAUUUAGAUAUUCUCGUGUAUUGUGAAACGAGAUAUAUUAAUACUUCGUUCAGACAGCAGCAGGUUUGGGCACCGAUAAAUCGAGACAGGAUCAUGGAUGACUGAUCCAUUCAGAUAAGGGAAACAAAACCUUCUGACCACUCUAACGUUAAGCCAAGCGGACAUACGUUUUUGCAUCGUUUUGAAUAACAACUCGAGAAAGGAUGAGAGAUAAGUACCAGCAAUCCCCUUCAGACAUUUAGUUGUAUACGAUAAUAAAAUUCCAAUGUGAACGAUGUAUAGAGAAUAGAAGAAUGAAAAUAAUGCUUCGUUUAGCCAAGCGGAGGUUUGUGCAUUGGUUCGACGAGAAAGGUUUUGACUCGUGGUGUGAAUGUCCUGGCAGCCGACGGAGUAGGCAGGUGCCCUGCUCCACGCGGGCAGGUGAAGAUUAGGGGAUUCGUAUAAAGGCAUCAUGUUUCUGUAAGCUGAUCGUGACCAUGCACUAGAGGCUAAACAACAAUUCGAUCUAAUUCUUGUCCUGACACUUCAUCCCCCUCCCCCCCCCCCCCAGAAUGGCAGGAAUGAGACCCCUUAUUUUAUUUAGUCAAUGUCAGAUAUUCCUCAAGGAAAAUGACCCCCCCCCCCCCAAGGAUCAGAUCGAGACCCGAAUCGGGCCUCACUUGAAAUCGUCGUUUGUUCAACGAACAAGACGGGUUUUGCCGUCAUAAAGAUACCAUUUUAAGGUACGUCUUUUGCAUAACAACAUCAUACAUUAUACAGAUCGAGGGGAAAAACGUGUCAUUUCGAAUAAUUGUGUUAUUGAUGUUAUCUUGCCACUAGGUGAUAUACGACGGGUAAUUCAAAUCAGCUUUAGAUUAAGACUCAAUUACCCAACCACUAGUAGCUAGGCCUGUAUGUUCCUCCAUAGUUCUGGAUGUGACAGGUACUCAUAGCACCUUUAUAUAUUUGUUAUAAUCGUAGUAAAAAAAACCUCUGAACGAAAUACAGUAUAAUUUGAGUAAUAAUAGUUGGAGCAAAAUCCGAUUAAAAAUAAGAAUAUUAUGAUUUUUGAAGUUGCGAUAAAUCAAACACAAUGUGGCAACUCUGUGACGUAGGCUAUGUUGCGAGGUUCCCUCUCGUUUGCUAUGUACUAACAAAAUUAGAUAUUUUUAUUUCCCUGAACAAAAUUUAUACAUACAUGUACUCUAAAUUCCCAUUGUUUUACCCAUGAGUUGACGCCUAUAAAGCGUAGUUGGUUCCUUUUUGUUGUUGAAGGGGCAUUUCCCUCUUGAGAAAUCCAAAAAUGUUUUCCAAGUACAGGGGUUAUUAAGUGCAAUGGACAUAAUUGCGUAUUAUAACCAGUACAACAUAGGUGGGUUGUUGUAUUGGUAUUUCUUAUAUGAAUGUUUAUAAAAUAUUUAAAUGAUAUGUAUAUAACAUAUAUGACAAAAAAUAAAAUAAAAGUUGUUUAUUAUUCCUGUUGUUGAAGCAGGAAUCUUAUUGGGGCAAAUUUCUUUGUUUCUAUUUGUUUCAAUAAGUAUUUUUUGUUGGUACAAAUACUAUACACUAGUAUCACACCAAAAACAUGCUACAAGUUGGAAGUUUAUAAGUGACAAGUUUGUGUUUGACAAAUAAAAAAAAAAGUAUUUUCUAACACUCCUUUUACCGUUUAUCAACUCGACCCAAUGUUUUUACAAAUGUUUCCACUUUCAUUCUUUUGUAAUUAUAAUGAAUACAGGAAAAUGAAUAUAUAUGAAAGCCAAACGAUUAUCAUCAAGGUUCAAAUGGUGCAUGUUUAUUCAGUAAACACAUCAGAAUUAUGUCAUUCCAUCAACAUUUUACUGGCAAGAUUUGACAUUUAAAACGACUGAUUUUGUACAUAAUUGAAUAUCAACUCCCUUACAAAUUAAUAUUGUUUAAAUCUCGUUUGGAUAGACCUUUAGUACAUUAGUUCUUCCCUUAGAUCUUGUGUAAAUUAACAUUUUCGCAAUCUCUCCUUUUCAACUUAGCUUGUGACAAAUUACAACAUUUACUGUUAUGAAUGGAUGACUAUUUUAUACAGGCAUCAUUUUAAAUACCUCCUUUGUAUGUUUGACAAAGUUAAAGUAAACAUUUUAUGUAGCAAGAUAUACCUUUUUUCAUCAUAAAAUACAUUCAAUUGAAAUGUAUGAAAGUGGAGUUACAUAAAAUCUGCAUGGCCCAUAUUCGACUAAAAAUGUAAACCCGAUGCUGGAUUUAAUAAUGGAAUUAGAACGAGGUCUAAAUUUCCAUUUGUUAACUUUAUACAAGAAUUAAUUCCAGCAUCAGAUUCAACUAUAUGAAUUAGUAGAAUACAGGCACUGGAUUACAAAUUUAACUUACUAUUAAGAUAUGAAAAAGGUCAGAAAAUGUGACUUUGCAAAUCUAUGUGGACUUAUGAAACAAAAGAUUAUACUAUUUCUAAAUAUAUCACUAUGAUUCUUUGACAGUCAUCAUUGGUAAAUAAAAGUUAUGUGUGUGAUUUAUACAAUGUAGUUAAAAGACUCUACAGAGUCAGAUAUAUUGAAAAAUAUAAUAAAUUGAACUCAACAGUGGUAAAA